GACCCGGCGGCGCUGCCGGGAGCCCCGUGCCGGAGCCCCGGCUCUCCCGGGAGCCGGAGGAGGAUUAGCCGCCGCGCUGUAAUCCUGCUCUCCAGCCCCGCGUCCACCCCAGAGGCAUCGCCGCUGGGAGGGAAAGGUGUUUCUGCGCCCCUGGCUCGUCCCCGCCGCUGGAUGGGGUGUCCCCGCAGCCUGACCGGGGCUGCGCGCUCCUGUUGCACCCCGGGACUUCCUCUCUGCCCCCCGUGCCCUCCUCAGGACCGGGCUGCCGCCUUCUCCUCCCCGCACCGUCCCCCUGCUGCACGUUGCUGUCCCCUUCAAGUGUUUGCGCGCUGGGACGCGGCACUGUUACGGCCACUCCGCGAUGCUUCGGUCCCCACUUCCUCGUCCCUGCGAAAGGACCAGGGGAGCCUUCUCCGUGGUCCGUAGAUGUGUAAAGAAAAGUUCAUCACAGGAAUAUGCUGCAAAAAUCAUCAACACCAAAAAACUGUCAGCCAGAGAUCACCAGAAACUGGAACGUGAAGCUCGAAUCUGCCGACUUCUAAAGCAUCCAAAUAUUGUGCGGCUCCAUGACAGUAUUUCAGAAGAAGGUUUCCAUUACCUCGUCUUUGAUCUGGUUACUGGUGGGGAGCUCUUUGAGGAUAUUGUUGCCAGAGAGUACUACAGUGAAGCAGAUGCCAGCCACUGUAUUCAUCAGAUACUGGAGAGUGUGAAUCACAUUCACCAGCAUGAUAUCGUGCACAGGGACUUGAAGCCUGAGAAUUUACUACUGGCAAGUAAAUGUAAGGGUGCUGCUGUCAAACUGGCUGACUUUGGACUGGCUAUAGAAGUCCAGGGAGAGCAGCAGGCCUGGUUCGGGUUUGCUGGCACUCCAGGCUACCUCUCCCCUGAAGUCUUAAGAAAAGAUCCUUAUGGAAAACCAGUGGAUAUAUGGGCAUGUGGAGUGAUUCUGUACAUAUUGCUAGUGGGGUACCCUCCCUUUUGGGAUGAAGAUCAGCACAAACUCUAUCAGCAGAUCAAAGCCGGAGCCUAUGACUUCCCAUCACCUGAGUGGGACACUGUGACUCCUGAAGCAAAGAAUUUGAUCAAUCAGAUGCUGACGAUAAACCCAGCAAAGCGCAUCACAGCUGACCAGGCUCUCAAACAUCCAUGGGUCUGCCAACGAUCCACUGUCGCUUCAAUGAUGCACAGGCAGGAGACUGUGGAAUGCUUGAGAAAGUUCAAUGCUAGGAGAAAGCUAAAGGGUGCAAUCCUCACGACGAUGCUUGUGUCUCGGAAUUUUUCAGCUGCCAAAAGCCUGCUGAACAAGAAGUCCGAUGGAGUGAAGAAAAGGAAGUCGAGCUCCAGUGUGCAUUUGAUGCCACAGAGCAACAACAAAACCAGUAUAGUAAGCACUGCAAAAGAAACACCCCCAGUGCAGACGUCCAUGGAGCCUCAAACAACUGUUGUCCAUAAUGCUACAGAUGGCAUAAAGGGUUCCACAGAGAGCUGUAACACCACAACCGAAGAUGAGGAUCUGAAAGCUCCCCCUCUCUCCACCGGGGACGGCAGCUCAGUGCUUGAAGGACGGAGGCACAGUGAGAGCAAAACACAGACUGAGUCCAUGCAAUCCCAGCUUUCUCUCUGUUUCUCAGCCACUACAAAGUCUUGUGAAGAGAAGCUUCUUGCCUGGGACAGCCCAGGGCAGACAUUGGAGUUAGAGCGUGCUCGGUCGGAGCCUUUGCUAACUCCAGUAGUUCCCUUUGUACUUAACCGUGCACCGUUGCGUAAGCAAGAGAUCAUUAAGAUAACAGAGCAGCUGAUAGAAGCCAUCAACAAUGGAGACUUUGAUGCUUAUACAAAAAUCUGUGAUCCUGGCUUGACCUCAUUUGAACCUGAAGCACUGGGGAACCUGGUUGAAGGAAUGGAUUUCCAUAAGUUUUACUUUGAGAACUUACUGUCGAAGAACAGCAAGCCAAUACACACCACCAUCCUGAACCCCCACGUCCAUGUCAUCGGUGAAGAUGCUGCCUGCAUCGCGUACAUCCGCCUAACACAGUACAUCGAUGGCCAAGGCCGGCCCCGCACCACGCAGUCUGAAGAGACCCGUGUCUGGCACCGCCGAGAUGGCAAGUGGCUGAACGUCCACUACCACUGCUCUGGAGCUCCUGCAGCACCUCUCCAGUGAGGAUCAAAUACGGCAACUUGUGGAGAUACUCAGCUGGAGGGCAAUAUCUUCUUAGCAAGCAGCUCUGGAGUGCCUGAGUGACAGCAACGGUCAUGUCUGUUUUGACGUUAAAAAAAAAAUAAUACAAAUUACAAACAGGCAGCAGCCAAAUGCACGAAACCCUGCAUGCAUCUGAUGCUCCGGGCGCUGCCUUUCUGUUGUUUUCCAUGGAUCCAUCGUGUCUGUUUCUGCUGUACGAAGGUGUUUUUAAAUCUAAAAAAAAAAAAAAAAAAGACAUGUUGUUUGUAUAAAAUAAUAAAAAACAGGAAUAAUGCUAAAUAAAUGACAGAUUAUCCAACAUGCCCCCUCCCCCAGGGCUAAGAAAAUGGCAGCAGCUGGAACAUCUUUCAGAAAUGAAGUGAGGGGGAAAGCAAAAGUGAAGGAGAGAGAAAGAGAGGGAGAGCAAAAAAGGAGGCGGCUUGAGCAGCGGGUGGCUGAACUGUGCUCCACAAAGCCACGGUGGAAGUUAACAUCACAUUCAGGCUGUGCUGCGACUUCAGUCAGUGAGAGGUGGCGAGGAGACCCCAGAGGAGCCUGUGUGAAGACUUGGGGUUCGAGAGAGAGGAGGCGCUUCUCUUCCUGUUGCCCGGCAGACUGACUUCAGCCUGAGUUUCUUCUUCAAUUCCUGCACAGCAAGAACGCUAUGGAAAGCUGGUUGCUCAGCUGCUGGAUCCCAAAACGGACUCUUCUUUUUUUUUUUUUUUUUUUUU